AUGGACCAAUUUGUCGCGGAAUUGCGGAAAAUUCCACCGAUAACUCGGUUUCUAUGUGGUUCCUCGCUGGCUGUGACUAUCCCAGUGCUUUUGAAUAUCGUGGCCCCGUACAAGAUUUUGUUCGUGCGAGAACUGGUAAUGAAGAAGUUUCAGGUCUGGAGAUUGUGGUCCAGUUUCUUUCUAGGGAGUGGGUAG